CCACUUCUUCUUCUCUGUAUAUAACUCAACUUUCUCCCCCACAAACACCCCCUCAUUUCACACGCCACCCUCACACAUUCACCAGCAACCAUGACUGACUCCGAAACCCCAACAGGGGACACCCUAACCCUGCAAAUCCACCACCGCAACGCCUCCCACCCCAUCACUCUCCCAACAACCAGCACCCUCACAGAUCUAACAGAGCUCAUCUCCUCAACAUUGCAAAUCCCUCCAACCCACCAAAAGCUCCUCAUCUCCCCCUCCCCAGGAAUGCUUAAACACCCAUUCCCAUCCACCCCCCUCCAGGACCUCCUCCCCCUCACCUCCCCCAAAUUCAAGCUCACCCUGCUGGGCACACCCCCACGAGACAUCGAAUCGCUCAACACGCACGGCACCGAACUCAAAGCCCGCGCUGAAGCCCGCGAUCGCGCGCAUCGUCUCUACGCCGCAAAACCCACUCCCUCCAGCACCUCCUCCAACGUUAGCAAAAUUCACACUCUCUCAAACAGCGCCAACGGCAGCGGCUCCUACACUUUCCACCGAUGUGUUCCGCUCCCGCACCUGCCUAACCCGUCUAAAUCAUUGACAUUUCUUGAGCGCCUUCGCGACGAUCCCGGGAUUAAGUCCGCGAUGCAGAAGCAUAAGUUCUCUGUGCCGCUGUUGACGGAGAUGGAUCCGGCUGAGCAUACAACGAGUGAGUCGAGGACGUUAGGGUUGAAUCGGAAUAAGGGCGAGGUUAUUGAGUUGAGGUUGAGGACGGAUGCGUAUGAUGGGUAUAGGGAUUAUCGCACGAUACGGAAGACGCUGUGUCAUGAGUUGGCGCAUUGUGUUUUUAGUGAGCAUGAUCGCGAUUUUUGGGAUUUGACGAGCCAGAUUGAGAAGGAGGUUGAGAGGGGGGAUUGGACGAAGAGUGGGAGGACCGUUGGAGAAGCGAGAAGGAGAGGGGAGGUCUUGAUUAAUGGGUGGUUCAAGUGGUUCUUGUAUAGUUUUUGAAUUUGCGUAGCAUCUUGGUAUAUACUCCUUUCCGACACCAGCAUUUUAUGACAUGAAAUGACAUGAUAUGAUACCAUACUGAGGACAUCUACAGCUGCUCGUUCACGAACAGACC